AUGUCAAAGGGAAAGCGAAGACACACCAAGCGGUGCCGUUACCACCACCGCCGCCCAAAAGCCAACCCCAACUACAUCAUCAAGACCGAUGAUGCCACCCCCGUUCUCGCCCUGCCCAUGGAGUUGUUUGUCAAAAUCGGCAAGUAUUUGACACAAGCGGAGGCCAUGGCGUUUGGUGCGGCUUGCAAACAGGUUGGGUACAUGCUCAGACCGGCCAUCUGGCAGUCCCUCGCGCUCAAGACGGACUCGCACGCGAGGUUUGGGGAGGAGCUGGGCCGAAUUGUUGCCCGCGCGAAGGCUGAGCUGGACAGGUUCCAGCGCUGCGAGCUGCCUUGUCGGCCGUUUGUGGAGGAUGUCAAAAACCUCAACCUCUACCUCCAACACCACGAUCCCCUCGACCGUGAAGAACCCCACCACCCCGAACUAGCCAACAAGAUCCUCGACUUGCUCUCCCUCCUCCCAAACGUCCAGAAGCUCAACCUGGACCUCAGAGAUCUCCAACAACCACAGGUCGCCCACCUAAUCACCCUCCUGGGUAUCAACCCAACCCCCAUCCUCCCCCAGGCUCGCCAAGUGAGGUUCACCACUGGGGAACACGACCACAACGCCGCGCAACAACGCCGUAGCUUCGACCCCAUCACCUGCGGCCGAGUCAUCGCAGCCGUCUGCCGCUCCCUCGGGCCUCACGUAACGGACUUUGAAUUCAUCCGUGGCACAGAGCAAGAAAACAAUGAAGCGUUGCUUGAAGUCGCGGAGGCAUUCACCAACGGCGAAAGAAAAAUGAAGAAAUUGCUCGUUGCGUCCACCGAUUCGAUGCAUGGGUUUGAUAUGUUUGGCGCGAGGGAGAUUUUGGAGCAAAUCGUUGCUCCGCACAGAGACAGCAUUGAGGAGAUUUUUAUCGGGGAUGAUGCCGAGUGGGAGCCCGAAGGGGGGAGGGAGGAGUGGAGGGAGCACUACGGGGCUGUUGACCAUAUUGUUGGCGCGUUGGAGCAAAUGCCAAAUUUGAAAAGGGUGGCGUUUCCGGUGGUGGAUUUUCGGUGUGAGGGGGUGAGGGAUAUGGCUGGGGAUGAGAAUUUUGCAAGGGAGGAGGUGGAGAAGGAGAUGAAAAGGGUUGUUGGGGCGGUGAUGGAUAGGUUGCCCAACUUGGAUCAUGUGGCGUUUUGGUCGCAGUAUCAGGAGAUGGGGGUUGAGGCUUGGAGGGAGGGGGAUGGGGAGGCGGGGUUGGGGUGGAGUUUUCAUGAGGUGAGGGAUGAUUGGAUUCGGCCGAGGAGUGGAAGGGGGGCGUGGCCGAUGGGGAUUUGGGGGCGUUGGUGGUGA